GACCCGCACAGGCGACGCGGGACACAGCGCUUGGUUCGUGGACCAUCAUGGAUUUCUUCGGCACCUUGGUGUUGCUCGGCUUAAUUUUAGCCUUACUGUGGCUGUUAAGCCUAAAGAGCCGCAGUCGCUGGCGUUUGCCCCCAGGACCCUCUGGUCUGCCUUUAAUAGGAAACUUACUGCAACUGGACAAACGAGCUCCGUUCAAAACUCUGCUAAAGCUCAGUGAGACCUACGGCCCAGUGAUGACGGUGUACCUGGGCCCUCAGCGCGCCGUGUUUCUGGUGGGGUAUGAAGCUGUGAAGGAGGCGUUGGUGGACCAAGCAGAGGAUUUCACUGGCAGAGGACCUGUUCCUUUCAUAAUGAGGGCUACCAAAGGCUAUGGAUUGGUAGUCAGCAAUGGAGAGCGCUGGCGACAGUUACGACGCUUCACGCUGACAACUCUGAGAGACCUUGGGAUGGGCCGCAAAGGCAUGGAGGAGUGGAUCCAGGAGGAGAGCAAGCACCUGGUGGACCGUAUGAGUGGUACCAAUGCCGUACCAUUUGAUCCGACCUACUUCCUGAGCUGCUCCGUGUCCAACGUGAUCUGCUGCAUGGUGUUUGGUCAGCGUUUCACCUAUGACGACAAGGACUUCCUGCACCUUCUGCAAAUAAUCGCAGAAACCCUGAGAUUUGGCAGCAGUCCCUGGGGUCAGCUGUACAACAUCUUCCCUCGGCUGAUGGAACGGCUGCCGGGCCAACAGCACAGAGUGUUUGCCAACAUUGAAAAGCUGAGACAGUUUAUGAUGACAAAGAUCCAGGAACACCAGGACACUCUGGACCCCGGCUCACCGAGAGAUUACAUUGACUGUUUCCUUAAUAGACUCAGUCAGGAAAAGGACAUUCCCACAACUGAGUUCCAUCUUGACAACUUGGUGUCAACAGUGUUGAAUCUGUACCUGGCAGGAACGGAAACCUCCAGCUCGACCAUCAGAUACGCACUAAAUUUACUGAUCAAAUACCCUAAAAUACAAGAGACUAUGCAGCAGGAGAUUGACACUGUGGUUGGCCGCACGCGUUGUCCUUAUAUGGAGGACAGGAAGUCCCUCCCCUUUACAGAUGCAGUCAUCCAUGAAAUUCAGCGCUGUAUGGAUAUUGUCCCCCUGGGCGUCCCUCACUAUGCUCUCCAAGACAUCUCUUUCAGGGGUUAUACAAUUCCCAAGGGUACAUUAAUUUUCCCCAUGCUGCACUCUGUGCUGAAAGAGGAGAAACAGUGGGCCACCCCCUGGUCCUUUAAUCCCCAACACUUCCUGGACCAGGAGGGCAACUUUAAGAAAAACCCUGCCUUCCUGCCAUUCUCUGCAGGAAAGAGAUCUUGUGUUGGAGAGUCCCUCGCUCGCAUGGAGAUUUUCCUCUUCAUCGUGUCACUUCUGCAGAGUUUCACCUUUUCCUGCUCUGAAGGACCCGACAGCAUUGACCUCAGCCCUGAGUACAGCAGCUUCGCCAAUCUGCCUCGCAAAUACAUGAUCAUCGCAACUCCCAGGUGCUGAUGAUGUUUUAAAGGAAGGAAAGAUUUUUGAACCUUUCGUCUGGCAUUCAUCCUACGAAAAGUCAGGAUUCUGUUAUAGAUGUUCUGUAUGGACUUCUUCAGAUGUGUGCUGUAUGCCACACUUCCAGAAAACAGAGUGAAAUAUUUCCAGCUAAGCCUACAUUUAUGGUUUUGUCAUAACACUAAAUUGGAAAUGUAUGAACAUCUCAUUUCUAUUUUUAAUAAGAUAAACCAAAGUGAGUAAACACAGAUGUUUAGGCUCAACCAAGGAUUAAAAGUGCUACCAAGAAUUUUCUGUACUUCACAUGUCACAAUGGUAUUUCCCUUUUUUUUUUUUAGUGUUUACUGACACCCUCAGAAUACACAUUGCACUAUUGAAAGUUUAUUUACUAUGUUGUGAAUAAUCUAAUUUCAUCUCAAAGAGCAGAUUAAGCCUGAUUGUGUCAUUUUUGUACAAUUGAUCAAAACCACCUGUCAUUUCAGCAGAUAUCUAAAUACUGGAAGCUUGUUUUUUUUUUUUUGUGGAGGUUUAUUUUCACCCUUUAAACAGGAACGGGUUGGAAAGUCAUGUAUGGUGAGGUAGGAAUCUGUACUUUUUUUUUUAUAAUAAUUUUUGGGCUUUUUGUUUUAGAGCAGUAGAGAUAGACAGGAAAGGGGGGAGAGGAAUGGGGAGAGCCCUGCAGCAAAGGGAGUCAAAUGGGGAACUACAGCCCUUGUUCAUGGGUCGCCCGCUCAACUAGGUGAGCUAUAGGCGGGCCCGAUAUCUGUACUUUAAUGCAUGAAUCACAAAAUAAAACACGAAAACAA